AUGAACGGCAAACCGGAUGGAGACAUCGUUGCUGAGGAGACGCUGCUUGAACACGGUGUCACCAUUGCAGUUUAUUGUCACUCGGGCUUCAGUCUCUCCAAAGGAAAGAUUAGGCUUGAUCAGGGCGCCUUUACAACCACAACCUGUGAAAAUGGAAAGUGGAGCCACAAGGUUGAAUGCCAACCAGCUCAAUGCACAACUCGGCCUCCAAACAUUCCCAACGCACUGGCCCGCUUUUACGGGCUGCAUCAUGGCUCAGUGGUGCGCUACCAGUGUUUUCCGGGAUACGAGCUUGACACCAAUAGGACGGAAGCCGCAUUGCGAGAGGCCGCAAGUACCGGCGGCCUUGCCAACACGUGGCCUCUCGCUCACGAUCGCUACAGCGUCAGGUGCGAGUAUGGCGUCUGGAAGGGGGAGCUGCCCGCGUGCGUUCAAGUAUUUUAUCAAGAACGAAAGGAGUUUUUCUUCUAUAAUUUUAUAAACAACUCGACAAAUGUUCUUUCUUGGGUAAAUAGGAGCUCAAUGGUGGCUACCACACUUCAUGAACAAACUGAUUACUGUAUCACUGACCCUCAAGUGCUCUAG